UGAAUUUAUUCAAUGAAUUCAUAGCAUAUUAUAAUCCUACUCUCAUCAACAGCUUCGAUAUGCAUGCUACACUGCAUUUAUGAAUGUGAAAGUAAGUGGAUUAUUUUUCAUGUGCAGAGAUGCCGAAGACAACGUAAAUAUCAACAUUCCACUGUCCAUUGUUCACGCAAAGCAUCAUGCAUGUCAAUAUUCAAUCAAUAUUUUUACCGUUGGCUUUGCAUAUGAGGAUAGAGUAAUGUGAUCUCUUCAAGACUCUGCAGGAUGUUCAGAUGCAUCAUGUAUGUUUCCAUCUUACUAUUUUGAUGUGUAUUUGAUCGAUGUAUCUCAUCCCCUUUUUAACAUCAGGGUUCUAAAGAUAUUAUAGUUAUGUGCUAUUUGAAUGUCCGAACACCACAAAGGAAAACAAAUGACUUCCGUUGUAAAACCACUCUGCAACUAACACAGGAUACAGUGAAGCACGGUGUAGCCAUCUUGUUAUUCACAACCCUAUUAAUGUGACAUGAGCUGUGUGCUCACAAUGCAGGGGCCUCAGACGCCCUCUGACUGUGUUGUUGAGUUGAGCUAUUCAGCCUCUAUAAUUUAGACUCAAGACUUAAAAGGAUGGCCAGAUAUGACCGUUGGUUUAGUUGAUAGUUAAAAAAAAGAAGGAAAAUGUUGUAUUACAAAGACACACUCCUCUGUUCAUAUAGCCUAUGUGUGUUGAUUUCAAAAUAACCAUGCAUUCGUGUGGGAUUGUGUGGAUGUAUUUUGCAGGUAUGUCCAUAUAAUACCUCUCUAUACGACCAUGUUUUUGUCCAUGGAGCAGUGUACCUCUCACAGUUGGUGCAUUCAGUUUGUGAACCGGCCACCAGCUGGCUCUCUCUGUCCGAGGCUGGCGGAACAACCAUAACAAACGAGCCCAUCGGCUGAUAGGUCAUUUAAACCCCACGGUACAUGGGACGUGUAGUUCUCUUUAAACGCACACAACCUCACGCUCCGGCACGGAGGACUUCCGUCUAAACUACGUCCCCCACAAUGCACCGCUCCAAUCGUAAACAUAGACCUGUCAAACAACACACACGCCAUCUUGACAGCACCCUCAAAAUGGCAGAAAGAUGCCAGCUAGAAACCGAGUCCAAAUUAAGAGUUCCGCUCUCUGCUCUUUAAAACAAAGUCGUCCGUAAACGAGUCGUUAUGGGGUCGGCGUUAGCACCGAGCCUGUGACAUGGACGUGCCGACGGCGGUGUUCAGCGCGGCCAGAGAUGGUAAGCUGAAACUUAUCCAGAAGUUGCUGAGCAACAAAAGUGCAGAGGAGCUGGAGGCUCUCGCCGAGGAGAAAACGCUGGGAGGCACCCCGCUGCUGGUCGCCUCUCGGUACGGACACCUGGAGGUGGUGGACUACCUCCUCGAGCACUGCCGAGCUCAUGUCGAACUCGGCGGGGCGGUGAACUUUGAUGGCGAGACCAUCGAGGGGGCUCCGCCGCUGUGGGCAGCCUCGGCCGCCGGUCACCUCCUGGUGGUCAGGACGCUCCUGAAACACGGCGCCUCGGUGAACAACGCGACGGUCACCAACUCCACGCCGCUGCGAGCCGCCUGCUUCGACGGCCACCUGCAGAUCGUCCGCUACCUGGUGGAGCACAGAGCCGACAUGGAGGUGGCCAACCGCCACGGACACACGUGCCUCAUGAUCUCCUGCUACAAGGGCCACAAGGAGAUCGCCAAGUUCCUCGUGGACCGCGGCGCCGACGUCAACCGCAAGAGCGUCAAGGGGAACACGGCUCUCCACGACUGCGCGGAGUCGGGGAGCCUGGACAUCAUGAAGAUGCUGCUGAAGUGCAGCGCUCGCAUGGAGCGAGAUGGAUACAGAAUGACCCCACUCCUCGCUGCGAGCGUCACGGGCCACACCAACAUUGUAGAGUAUCUCGCCCACCAGCCCCGCACCUCCCGAGAGGAACGCAUCGAUGCACUGGAACUCCUUGGGGCUACUUUUGUGGACAAGAAGCGUGAUCUCUUGGGGGCGAUGAGGUACUGGAGGAGGGCGAUAGAGCUGAGGCAACCCGGGGACAAAGCUGGAUCCCUGGCCAAGCCUCCAGCUGGCCCUCCCAUCCCCGCCUAUGGCUGUGCACAGGAGGUGAGCACUGCAGAGGAGCUGGAAGCCUUGAUCACAGACCCGGAUGAAAUGAGGAUGCAGGCUUUGUUGGUUCGAGAGCGCAUCCUGGGGCCGUCCCACCCGGACACCUCUUAUUACAUCCGUUACAGGGGAGCUGUGUAUGCUGACUCGGGCAACUUUGAACGCUGCAUCAGCCUUUGGAAAUAUGCUUUAGACAUGCAGCAGAGCAACCUGGACCCUCUCAGUCCCAUGACCGCCUCCAGUUUCCUGUCUUUUGCUGAGCUUUUCUCUUAUGUUCUUCAAGACCGGGCCAAAGGCACCCUGUCGACCCGCGUGACCUUUCACGACCUGAUGACCGUGCUGGGGAAAAGCGUGAGGGAGGUAGAGAGAGCCGUGGCGCAGAGGGACAAUCCUCCCGAGGCGCCUCAAUUCACCAAAGCGAUCUCCAUCAUCCUGCACCUCAUCUUCCUGCUGGAGAGGCUGGAGUGCAGCCCCGAGCAGGAGCACCAGAAGAAGCACACGGUGUACCGCCUGCUCAAGCUGAACCCGCGGGGUCGCAGCGGCUUCACGCCGCUCCACAUGGCCGUCGACAAGGAAACCACGUCCGUCGGCCGCUACCCCGUCGGCCGCUUCCCCUCCCCGGCGGUGGCGGCGCUGCUGCUGGAGUGCGGCGCCGACGUGGAUUCACGCGACAGUGAAAACAAUACGCCUCUGCACAUCGCGAGUAACAACGGUUCUCCGGAGAUCAUGACGCUGCUCGUGAAGGCCGGGGCUCACUUCGACGCCACCAAUGCACAGAGGAAGACGGCCUACGAGCUGCUGGACGAGCGGAGCAGCGGGCACCCGGCCCUCGCCCCGCUGAACUACGUCACCCUUCAGUGCCUGGCGGCGCGUGCCAUUGAGAAGCACAGACUGCCGUACAGGGGACUCAUCUCUGAGGAGAUGGAGGCCUUCAUUGAACUGCACUGACGUCCACUCCUGUCCCCCGAUGAGGCACCCUGCACUACCCUGUUGUGCCCCAUACCGUACUGUGAGCUGCCACCAGCUUCCUCCUCCCCGUCUGUGUCUCCUUUCGGCCUUUGCUUUGUCAGACAUCGCUUUCGCAAUAAACAUCCAAAUACAAAUCUCUGACUGACAUCAUUCUAACAUUGUCAAAAUACAAAGCGAUGGUUGAUUUUCGCUGCUAUUCAAAGCUGGUUGAAAUGUACUUUCAUGCAUUUCCCCCCCUUUUUGUCUUGUUGUGCCGGUGAAAAGGAGACUUGCAGUAUGACGCUGCUUGAGUGUGUUUGGUGGCUGGGCCGUAUGAAAGAUGAGGUUUAGUGAUACUGGAUUUAUCUGAACAAAGUAGCCAGAUAACAUGCACGAAAAAUGAAGAAAUGGUAGCUCACUUGUUUCUUUUCUGUUUUUCUUCUGCAAAUUCAUUAGGAAAGGAGGGAUUUGAACAAACUUGCUUGCUGGUGAUUUUAGCUGAUUCUACUUUCUGUAAACCGUCUUAUGUUUCUUUGAUAUGGGAAGGUGUUUGAACUUUCUGUGCCACAUGUCAGCCACGGAGCGAUGUUCUGUUACAGUCUACUGGGGGAAACAUGGGAAGCAACUAAUUAUCUACCUAAUUCUAAGCAGAAGUAAAGUGGUGGCGCACAUGAAGAAGAUCCAGGACGUCUGUGGUAUCCCUUGUGAGCAUCUCCACACACACACAUUACCUAUGCAGUUUGUGAUACGCCAAUCAGAGGCACAUUUUUCAAGCAAAAAUUCAUUACGUGAACCGAUUCCACAUGGGGUUAUCCUUCAGUUUGACAUGCUUAUCUCAAUAUGGUAAUAGAUCAAACGGGUGAUGGGUAUCUCCUGAACUCACGAACAACGAAUGUUUUCUUUGCAUUUCUGCCUAAAGUGUGCCUACGGCCCUCGAUUCGGGUUGAUGACGACAUCGACUGAUGCAUCCAAUUUACUCAGGCAAAGAAGCAGCAGCAGAACGAGGACAUAUUGUGAAGAGCUGCACAGAGCUUGAGCCUCUUGUUGGUUUCUGUGGGGGAAAUCCUCAAGUAAACUGGAAUCAUGAGUCAAUUCUCUUUUGGAGUGAAUUUUCCCUUUAACCUCAAGUGCAGUACACAGAAAUGGAUCGGCUGUUUCUGCGUCUUAGUCUUACUAUUAAUAGUCUCUAGUUUUAUUUGUCUGUCUGUGCGAGGCACACGGAGAGGCUCUAAAUCCUAAAUGGAACACUUACAUUGAGGCUGUGAACCGUCUCUGCCUUUCUCUCUCGCAACCCAUUCAUAACUCAAGAAGUGAGUUCGAGAUACUUGAAUAGAAUUUAGUAUCGCAACAUAUUCUUUGUGUGCUUGCAUGUGUGGGUGAUAUUAGAUUUGCUGUGUCUUUUCUACAUGUUGGAAAAUUGUAUGUUGAAUUGUUUGUGAUUUGAAAACUAGGCACUAUCUAAAAAUUGAAAAGGA